CUAUUUCAAAACUCUUUCUCAUUCUUUUCUUUUCCAUCAUUCCUCUCUCUUUCAUUAAAGUUUUAACACUCCCUUUUUUUUUUUUUUUCAUCUUACACUUAACUCUUGAUUUGAUAAUCCUUUUUUCUCAAUACCCUUUUCAAUUUUUGUUCUUAAUUCUAUAAUUUUCUAGGUUUUUGCUAAUUGGGUGAUUAUUAAUUGUUGAUCAUACAAUGUCUGAGAUUCCUGAAAAUCAAACCAAUGCGGCCUCAGUGUUGCGCAAUGAAGAUAUUGAUAAAAUUCAAGAAGGGAUGUCUGAGAUGAAGAUUGAGGAGAAAGAAAUUGGAGUGGGAGAAUUACAGAAAUACCCAGAUCGUCCCGGAGAGCCAGAUUGUUUAUACUAUUUAAGGACUGGUUCGUGUGGUUAUGGCACUAAUUGUCGUUUUAAUCAUCCUCUUCUUCCUCCUUCUAAGACUGCUCAAAAUACAAGUGAGCUUCCUCAGAGAGAAGGACAACCUGAUUGUGGGACUGCUCAAAUUACAAGUGUGUUUCCUCAGAGAGAUGGACAAAUCGAUUGUGGGUUUUUUAUAAAAACAGGAACUUGCAAAUAUGGCUCUUCAUGUAAAUAUCAUCACCCCCCGGACAGGCGUGGUGCAGGAAAUGUUACAUUGAAUACUUUAGGUUACCCUAUCCGUCAGGAGGAGAAGCCUUGCCCUUUUUAUAUGCGUACUUACGCAUGCAAGUUUGGAUCAGCAUGCAAGUUUGAUCAUCCCCAGCCCGUGUCAUUUGGGACCUCUUUACCGACGGGAUCUAAUUUUCCUUCAAAUACUACUUCUUAUGUUGGUACACCUCCAGCAUUGUACGCAGCAACUCCUGUUGUCCCUAGUCCUCAGACAUAUAUGCCUGUGGUGUACCCUCCUUUGCAGACUCUACUUACUGGCCAAUGCUGGAAUACUCAUAUGGGAAAUUUUAGCUCCAUGCCUGCUUCCGCUAUGACGGGGCCAAAUUUUGUUUAUAACCCUAUGAAUCAAAGUGAACUGACUACCAGCGCACCAGUCAACUUAUCGACAAAGACCAUCUCUAAUACUGGUGAGAGCCGUGAUCAGCCUGAAUGCAAAUAUUUUUCGAGCCCCGGAGGCUGUAAAUAUGGUUCAAAUUGUAAAUUUCACCAUCCAAAGGAAACGAUGGCUUAUAUUUUAGGUCCCCACGGCUUCCCUCUAAGACCGGGAGAAGAUCCCUGUGCUCACUUUAGAUCGUAUGGAAAUUGUAAAUACGGUCCUACUUGCAAAUUCGACCACCCAAUUUAUGUUACGAGUUAUUGUUUUGGAAUUCCGUCUCUACCAAUGGUUAUUCCCAACUCAACCGACGCUUCUCAAACGAAGAUAACUGAUUGGAUCCAGAAACCUGAGAUUGUUCAAGAUAAGAAACUUCAGAGUUCUCCGAGUAAAUCCAUGGAUCCCGCACAAGAGGUUCGUGGUGAUCAUCCGGAUAAUUCCAUCGUUGCUGCUGCUGUUUCAACUUCAGAACGUCCCCUUGAAAAUUUCGACUAAAUCAUUUUGUCUGCUUAACGACAUUGCCAAACCGCUCAUGCAAAAAGAAUCAAUUUUUUUGCCAAUUCUUUUUUGCGUUGGUUUUAUCUGACAAAGAAUAAAUUUUCCGGUGUGUGACUUGUAAUCCUUACCUUUUAAUCCCGUACUUUUGUAGAUUUGUUAUCUAUACUGUUGUGGAAAAGUUUUGCUGUGAUGCAGAGCAGGGACGAAAGAUAA